AUCGCGUAUGAGGUGUGAGAUUUCCCGAAGCUGGAGGCUGGCACAUUGAUGGGGGUGGUCGUUCAGCUAAACCCCGGUUUAUGCAAAGGGCCUAACACUAUAACUAGGUAGUAUCUACCUAACCAGCUACAUCCUUGUAACCAGGCCAUCGCCGACAUUGACAGCCUCCGUGCUUUGAAAAAGCACAGCUCAUCGCCUCUCUCCUUCAUCUGAUACCCACGAAAUAACACCCGGCUUGCUGCUGGACACUAGCAACAAACAGCAUGGCUCUUACCGACACGCUGAUGGAGGACGCGUCCGAUGCUGAUGCACCCAGCACCGGCAAUGGCAAUGGCAAUGGCAAUGGCAAUGGCAAUGGCAAUGGCAAUGGCAAUGGCAAUGGCUCGAAUGUCUCCAUCGGCCCGUCAAUCGGUGUCAUCAAAUCUGGCCGCCCAUAUUUGCAUGAGAGCACCAUCCGUCGCAAGCUGGCAAGCCUGGACAUGGACCUUUCUAGAGACGCGGCCGCACGUCUUCAGGGUGUUCAGCUCAUUGACGAUGUUCGGAAUUUUCUACGGCUUCCCAUCAUCACAUACAUGGCUGCCUGCGGCUACUAUCACCGGUUCCGCCUUGCAUUUGAUCCUAAGGAGUAUCAAUGGGCUGAUGCGGCACUGACCUGCCUCUUCGUGGCUUGCAAAUCGGAGGACACGCUCAAGAAAUCCCGGGAAAUCUUAUGUGCUAAUCACAACAUCAAGAACCCGGAUCGCAUGACUACACCGGAUGACAAGCUUUUUGACCAAGGCUCCAAGAUGCUGAUAGGCCUGGAGCGCCAAGUUAUUGAGACCUUGAGAUUCGACUUCCAGGUCCGCAAUCCGUUCAAGAUACUCGCAAAGAUUGUCAAGGCAGUUCUUGGCUCGGAUAGGAUUGCAUCCGAGUUCUUCGUCGAGGCAUGGAAGGUUGGCACUGACAUGUACAAGACUUUCGCCCCGCUCAAAUAUACUACCUUCACCUGCGCCUUUGCUGUUGCCAGGCUCACAGCUCUCAUUACGGGGCUAUCCGAGGACACAUUCGUCAACCUAGAUCCCGCCGAAUAUUACACCUAUGAAGAGUGGGUGGCCGAGGUCAUGCUUGAUGUCCUCGACCUCUACACAGAUAAUUAUCGUUCAACGCUCCUCGGAAAACAGACUAACCCCCAGGUCUUUAUCGAUGUCAAGAUCAGAGUCAACCAGCGCAUGGAGGCUGCCCAGGUUCCUCGCUACCAAAAAUACUGCAGCGAAUGCGAGCGUGAAGGAUUUACGACUCCAUCAUAUGACGCAUCGGCUACUUCACCGGCAAGCCCCUUGGGAACGAACAGCACCAUUAAGCGUGGAUCUAAGGGAUACGAUGGGACUUACCGCUUCCUGUUCGAUGCUUACGAGGUUGGUCGAGAGCGAGCAGCUUAUGAUGAGUAUACAAAGGACGAGUGGGAUGAGUGGGAGGAGGAAAUCGAGGAGCCGAUUCCAGAGCGCGAUAGUCGGCGUCGCACCGAUCUGGGCCCGGAACCGCGCGCUCCUCCUCGAGAGCCACGUGGCGAUCUUGGGCCUGAACCUCGUGCUCCUCCCCGCGAACCACGGGGCUCUCGCGGGCACCGGGGGCACGGUCGCGGCCGCGGCCGCGGUAGAGGCGGGCAUGAACCCGGAUGGAACCCACGGAAUCGCCAUGACCAUCGUGGUCGUGGUCGCGGCGGUGGCGGGGGAGGUUUCUAUUAAAAGCUCACAGCACAUAUAUUUGGCAGAUCAUUCUCACCGUUACUGUUUUCAGUUUUGAUGAUUGCACUCCUACUUGGCAUGGUAUCAGGUUUUUUUUUUUUUCAAAUCCAAUCGGAGGUCCCUCAAUCGCAUGGAUGAAACGGCGUUUUUCCAAGAAGAUACCCAUUCGCAUUUCAGAUUAGGUCAUCUCCGCUAUGGCUGCGUGGUAAUUGUUAGGGCCGGGCACUGCAGAGAUAGAGGUGUUAUAGGUGUUGCGGAUAGAGUUUUACUUUCUGGCUCGAUGUAUCACUGUCAUUUGAAUAUCAUGAAAAUACCAUUGGCCUGUACUUGAUAACGAAGAAUGG